AGGAGCAGAGGUAGAAAGUAGAAUCCCCUGCAAUGGAGAGAAGCAGAGGUGGGCUUUUUGAAGGACUUUACAGAGUGCUUAUGCGUCGCAACUCUGUCUAUGUAACAUUCGUAAUCGCUGGCGCUUUACUUGGUGAACGGGCAGUAGAUUAUGGGGUUCAUAAGGUCUGGGAGAACAACAAUAUUGGGAAGCGUUAUGAGGAUAUUUCAGUUUUGGGACAGCGACCAUCUGAAUAGAUUUGCAGUAAUGGAUGCUCAUUUGAGUUGAAGACCAACAUUUCAAUAAUUAUUUUUACUUGGCCAUGGCUAAUUAUUUGAUAUCUGCAUUGCCUUGAAGGAAAAAAUUUAAGUGAAACUGUUUCCAUUUCCAUGGCAACAAAGAGUAUCCUUCAAGAUUUUGUAUCCCAGCAACUCUCUAGUUUUUCACCAUGCUUAAAAGAAUAAAAGGAGAAUUCUCCGACAUUUCAACUUCUCUAGUUAGUGUCAAAUGUGAAUUUUAAAUAUGAGAAACUUCUUUAUUUCGCGCUAAUUAAUACUGUUAUUAAGAUCUUUGUGGAACGAAAAACCCUACCAGCAACU